AUGGCGACGCAAGCAGACUUCCGCGACAGGCAAUUCCUCGCCGUGAUCGGGGACGAGGAUUCCGUGACGGGCCUUCUGCUUGCCGGCAUCGGGCACGUCACACCACCUCCAGACAACCAGAAGAACUUCCUGGUAGUAGACGCAAAGACAGACAACGCCGCCAUCGAGGCAGCAUUCGAGAGGUUUACCACGGAGAGGAAAGACAUCGGGAUAGUCCUGAUCAAUCAGCAUAUUGCCGACCGGAUACGGCACCGCAUCGACACCUACACGCAAGCAUUCCCAACCGUCCUCGAGAUCCCGAGCAAAGACCACCCGUACGACCCAGAGAAGGACAGCGUCCUGCGGAGAGUCCGCCGGCUGUUUGGCGAAUAA